GAGAAUAUCGAUUCCUUUGCGUUAUCCGGCAGCAUACUUUGAAUCUUCUUUCCCGCGUCGAGAUCGACAGACAGCUCAAGGAGCAUAAAGAAAAGAAGGGGGAAAAGGAAAGUAGAACCAGAGGUGGAGGAAGAAGAAAGGUAGCAGAACCGACCUCCUCCUCCUCCUCCUCCUCGUAAAGUCUAUUUAAAACCCAUUAGAAAUCACCAAGCAGCCGAAACAAGAAGACGAGAGUCGCAGAGGAAGACGAAUCCCGAGCGCCAAUGGGGAAUUGCUUCAACAGAACCUACGAAAUUCCCAUCACCUCCGGCCCUGUCAAGCCUCGACCUCCGCCUCCACCCGCUGCCUCCCUUCCCAAGAGUGAUCCUUCGAAGCCCAAACAAGCACUAUCCUCCGUCGGCAGAGCACCUUCCUCAGCCAAGAUCGGACCGGUUCUGGGGAAUCCCAUGGUUGACGUGACAUCCCUUUAUGCGCUCGACAAGGAGCUUGGCCGCGGCCAAUUCGGGGUCACCUACCUGUGCAUGGAAAAGUCGACAGGCCGGAAGUACACUUGCAAGUCGGUGUCGAAACGCAAGCUUGUGACCAAGCGUGACAUGGAGGACAUGCGCAGGGAGGUGAUGAUCCUGCAGCACCUCACCGGCCAGCCCAACAUCGUGGAGUUCAAGGGCGCGUACGAGGACAAGGACAGCGUGCACCUCGUAUUGGAGCUGUGCUCCGGCGGGGAGCUCUUCGAUCGGAUCACCGCCAAGGGAAGCUACUCGGAGAAGCAGGCGGCCGCUGUGUGCAGGGACAUCGUCAACGUGGUGAAUGUGUGCCACUUCAUGGGCGUGAUGCACCGGGACUUGAAGCCGGAGAACUUCUUGCUGGUGAGCAAGGACGAAAAUGCUGAGCUCAAGGCUACAGACUUCGGACUCUCCGUCUUCAUUGAAGAAGGUAAAGUCUACAAAGAUGUGGUAGGAAGUGCAUAUUAUAUUGCUCCAGAGGUGUUACUGAAAAACUAUGGGAAGGAGAUUGAUGUAUGGAGUGCUGGGGUCAUACUGUAUAUUCUCCUCAGUGGUGUGCCACCGUUCUGGGCAGAAACGGAGAAAGGUAUAUUUGAUGCAAUAUUACAAGGGUACAUUGAUUUCGAAAGUCAACCAUGGCCAAAAAUAUCCCGUGGUGCAAAGAACCUCAUCAGAAAGAUGUUGACAAAAGACCCCAAGCGGAGAAUUACUGCUGCUCAGGCCCUUGAGGACCCAUGGCUGAAAGAAGCUGGUGAAGCAUCAGAUAAGCCUAUUGACAGUGCAGUUCUUACCAGAAUGAAGCAAUUCAGGGCGAUGAACAAGCUAAAGAAACUUGCGCUGAAGGUAAUCGCAGAGACUCUUUCAGAAGAGGAUUUAAAGGGAUUACAACAUACGUUUAAUAGCAUAGACACCGAUCGGAGUGGCACAAUUACACUUGAAGAAUUGAAGACUGGAUUGAGAAGGCUGGGAUCGAAGCUGACCGAAGAUGAGAUCAAGCAACUCAUGGACGCAGCAGAUGUAGACAAGAAUGGGACUAUAGACUACAUUGAAUUCAUGGCUGCUACGAUGCAUCGCCAUAAACUAGAGAAAGAAGAGCAUUUGUUGAAGGCCUUCGAACACUUUGACAAGGAUCAUAGCGGGUAUAUUACAAGAGACGAACUGAAACAUGCCAUGUCACAAUAUGGAAUGGGUGAUGAAGCAACCAUCAAUGAAGUACUUGAUGAUGUUGAUACUGAUAAAGAUGGUAGAAUCAAUUAUGAAGAAUUUGUAGCAAUGAUGAGAAAAGGCCACACAUAAUUCUGGAGAAAGCAGGAGACAAGCAACUUGUUUUCCUUCGAAAAUACAAAUAAAAUCCAUCCCAAAAUAAAGCGAGAGGCUCUGAAUGAUCAAUAAAGCAUUGUGUAUGUAUCCGCUAAGCAAAUACUGAUGUUUCAGAUAUGUGUAAAUUUCAGAAAUGAAUCCAGGAUGCUGAUUUCUUGUGUAAGACCAAUUAUGAUUGGAAGAAUUAUAGCGUAUCAAUUGUAGUGCUGUCUUCCAUUGAAA